UUGAAGAUCAGAACUAACCCCCGAGCUGGUGGAGCACACCAGACCUGGUCAACACCAAAUCAAGAUCCACCUGAAGACAAACUAAACCAAGGCCAGACCAAGGAGCACCUCAAGCCCAAACGGAAGUCCAGAAGAGAACCAUGGAGCGCACGUUCCUCCUCUUGGCGGCCUUUAUCUUCUCCAGCGGCCAGUGCCAAGAUACGGACCCCUCCAGGGACCCCGAUGCCAGCCUGGCCGUCUGCAAGCCCGACAUCAGAGCCUUAGGGGUCCAUAGCGCCCAGAUCUUGGAGCUGCAGAGGCUGAUCCAGGAGCAGGCCCAGCAGCUAAUGGCUCUGAAGGAGAGCACAUUGGCCGCUGUGCCCCGGAUGGCCUUCACCGCCGCGCUGGGCCACUCCCUCGGCCCCGUCCACAUUGACCUCACGGUCAAGUACCCGCUGAUCAUCUCCAACAUAGGCAACGGCUACAACCCGGCCACGGGCAUCUUCACCGCCCGGGUGUCCGGCAUGUACUACUUCAGAUACACCAUGUUCAACAAUCUGGGUUCAAGGUCCAACUCGGUGAUGUCACUGAUGAAGAACAGCCAGCGGAUGGUUUCCACCUGGGACACAUCGGGGAGUGACGAUAACGACACUGCCACAAACGCCGCCGUGCUGCAGCUGGAGGAAGGAGACAACGUCUACACCCGGCUCUACGCCAACCGCCAGAUAUAUGACGAUGGCGCCAACUACAACACCUUCAGCGGCUUCCUGCUCUUCCCUCUGUAAAAAGCCCGUCGGCCAUUUAGAGUUUUGAGGUUGACUUUCCAGUGUGAUGGUGGUUGAAAGGAGGGGCUGGCUGGAUUAGCGUUUUCUUGUCGACAAAAAUAUAUAUUUUGGCUGUAUAAAAGUAACGAAAAACUUUGAUACAAAUAAAAUAAAAUCUUUAGCAUUAA